AUGCAGAAUUAUGAAAUUUAAGAGAAAAUUUAUGAGUCUAAAUUGAAAAUUAUACAUAAAGUCAGCAAUAUUAAAGAUAACAACAUAUAUGCAAUUAAAGAGUUUGUUGGAUUUUAUAACUAGGGUUUUAAAUUUAUUGAUCUUAUAAAGCUAUAUGUGAAAUAUAAAUUAUGAAACGAUGUUAAUAACCCUUUUUUAAAGUAGAUUUUAGAUAUUUUGUAAGGUUUUUUAAGUUAUUAAUUUUAAAUAAUUUAAAUGUAUUAAACCGAAGGAAGUAUUUAGAUUAGAUGAUAAUAUUAUCAUAAUAAUGGAAUAUCAGAUUAAGGAAAUUGAAAAUAGUUUAUAAGUGAGCAUCUUGGAAGUUUCAUUUCUGAAAGAGUGAUUUGUAAAAUUCUUAUACAAAUCGUAUUUGUUUUAAUUUAUUUAAGAGAAAAUAAGAUAUGUUAUAAAGUUUUAAAUACUGAAAUUAUAUUAUUACAUUAAGAAGAAGUUAGGAUUUAUGAUUUUUGGAAUUGAUAAUUUAAUUUGGCAUCAAAAAUCUUGUUACAAACCUACAGAAUUGCUAUUUUAUAAUAAAUUUUCAUACAAAUCAAUGAUAUAUCAAUUUGGUCUUGUAUUAUUCGAAUUGACUACUUAAAGACAAUUAUUUAAAUUAGAGAUUAUAGAACAAAUCAAAGCAGUCAUUCUUAAUGGAGGAGCGUAAUUGAAAUUAUCUUUUAAGUAUUGUAAAGAUUCCAUAAAUUUAUUCCAAAGAGCUUGGAUUCAUUAUUUCAACCUGUCUUGAUCUCCGAGAAACUGAUAGAUUAGAUAUUCGUUAAUUAGUAAACAAUGACAAUUUUAUAAUCUUAUUAAAAUAAAAGAAUUUCACUUUUAAUUAUGAAUAAUUAGACACUUUUGAAUUUUGGUGUAAUAAUAAAUAGUAAAAAUAAAAAGAAAGAGUGUUUAUACUGAUAAUAUAGAAUUAGAAGUUAAAGAAUCUAAUCCUAAUAAUUAAUAAAUUAUUUAAUAAGAUAAACCAAAUAACAAUAAAACAAUCAAUCUACGAACUAAAAAUAAAGUAAUCAAAAUAUUCCUAAGUAAUAUAAAAAAACCACAAGAUGAAACAUAAACUUUUAGACCAGCUUCUUAAUAAACUAAAGGAACUUAAUCUACUACGAUUAUUAAAAGUAAUACUUACGGUAGAUAAAAAUUCAUCUCCUCUACUCAUCGAAAAUUAGUUUCUCCAAUUCCUAAAAACCUUAAUAUUUGGAUGCUCCUAUCAAACCAUAAAAUGCUAUCAAUAAUUCAAUAAAACUAAAAAUGGAAUAAUGUGUUGAAGCUAUUGGAAUUUAAGAGACUAGAUAAACUCUAAACAGAUUAAGAUAAGGUGGAUCAGUAAAUGAAUUUCUUUCUAAAUAUCAAAAUUCUAAGCAUCAUUGCAUAGCAAGACAUAUGUAUGAUAUUAUUUCAUUUACAUAAUUAUGA